UUGUAUAUUAAUAUUGCGAUAUCAAAGCCACCCGUCGGAUCUUACUACCAAGUACCUCGAAUAUGUAUCUUAUAAAGGCGAGAUCGAUGUCAGGAUCUCGGAGAGCAAUAUUCGCCAUGCUAGCUCGAAGAAAAGGCGAGCGAGAAACUUGUUGCGUUCUCAGGCAUCUCAAUGUCGUUCGAAGGCUUUUGCCAGGGAUGAUGAAUGCAUUGACUGCGCAUUUGACGUAGUCACGUAUACGACGUCCCAACGAAUGAAUGCAUUGUCAGACUCUAGAAACAUACGCUUUGAGAGAAACUCUACU